AGAUGCUAAGUCUUCAGUGCAAGCAGGAGUUACACCUGUACCCCACAACUCUGCAGCUGUCAUCAUGGGUCAGGAACUCAUCAGCAGGCAGCUGAUGUCCUUCCUGUUAGAACACCACUAUACCAUGGAAUUGAUGACCAUUGAAGAUGUAAGCAAAAGUUUCACCCAAGAAGAGUGGGCCAUGCUGGACCCAUCUCAGAAAAUGCUACACSGAUCAGUGAUGCUGGAAAUCAUUAAUCAUCUGGUAUCAGUUGGGCAAGAAUGUUUGAAAGGACAUAGGAAUUGUUUACUACCUAGAAAAUGCAACCAGAAUGAUCCUGCAGAGAUACAAUAUGAACGUCGUCUAUGCAGCAAAUCCUUUAAUCAAUCUUCUGAUCUAAGCAGACUCAAUGAAACUAGAAGAGGGGAAAAGAAGCAUGAAUGUGAUUUUUCUGAGAAAGUCUUCAGUUACAGCUCUGAGCUUAGACAACAUGAGAGAACCCAAAUGGGUGAGAAACAAAAUAAAUGCCAUGUGUGUGGGAAAGGCUUUAGGAAUUCUUACAAYCUUAAAAUGCAUGAGAAAGUCCAUACUGGAGAGAAACCAUACAGAUGCCACUGGUGUGAGAAAGCCUUUUGUAAAUUAUACAGCCUUCAAAUGCAUGAGAAAAUUCACAAAGGAGAGAAACCAUACAAAUGCCAUGUGUGUGGGAAAGCUUUCAGCAAAUCAGUUCACGUUACACGUCAUCAGAUAAUCCACACAGGAGAGAAACCAUACCAAUGUCAACUGUGUGGGAAAGCCUUUGGGCAAUCAUGCUACCUUAGAAUACAUGCAAGRAUCCACACUGGAGAGAAACCAUAUCAAUGCCAAUUUUGUGGGAAAUCCUUUGGCCAAUCAUGCCACCUUAAAAUACAUGAAAGAAUCCACACUGGAGAGAAACCAUAUCAAUGUCAAUUAUGUGAGAAAUCCUUUGGUCAAACGUGCUACCUUAAACUUCAUCAGAGGACACACACUGGAGAGAAACCCUAUCAAUGCCACCUGUGUGGGAAAUCCUUCAGUCAAUCGUGUUACCUUAAACCACAUCAGAGAAUCCACACUGGUGAGAAACCAUAUGAAUGCCAUGUAUGUGGGAAAGCCUUCAGUCUAUCAUCUGGCCUUAGACACCAUGAGAAAACACAUAUUGGAGACAAACAAUACAAAUGUCACCUAUGUGGAAAAGCUUUCAAUACAUGCUCUGGCCUGAGACACCAUGAGAAAACACAUACUGGAGAGAAACCGUACAAAUGCCCUGUGUGUGGGAAAGCCUUCAGUCGAUCAUCUGGCCUCAGAGUUCAUGAGAGAACACACACUGGACUAAAUGAAGAGAAACCUCAUGAGUUGCAUCUAUGUGGGAAAGGCUUCAGUCAAUCUUAUUGCCUUAGACUGCAUGAGAAAUGCACAUGA